CCAUUCCGCUCCCCCAAGCCGCAUCUCGGCACUACUACCAGCAGCCCCUCGCGCUCAUACCACCACACACCUCUGGUAGCAAUAGUUGCAGUGUGCGGGCGCACUGAAUCUACGGCCAUGCAAAGACUUACUCGACUAAGGACUCCCCUCACCUCUCACGCCCGCCCACCAUCCGCGCUUCUCCGAGCCCUUUUACCUCGCCCCUUUUGUCAACAGUCCUAUAGUCACACUUGCCGUCCGCCCUCCGCUCGCCGCAACUUGCGCCACUCUUCUCCCUCCUUCCGCCAGCGAAUUGGCACAGUAGCCGGCAGUAGACAUCCACGCGGCAGUUCUGCCGGCCCAGUAGCUUCGGAGGGGCAAAAAGAAAAUCUCGACCGUUCUGUAGAACCUUCAGGCUCACAAUUACUGACGUCCGCCAAUGGCGGGGUGCCACGUGUCCUGUGCCGAUCUGAGAUGGCCUUGGCGUGGCUGGCGCGCGAAUUGGCGGAAAGAAUUGGCGGCGAGAGCGAGGGGGGGCGGAGCGGAGAGCAUGAGGGGGGGCGGAGCGGCGGAGCAGUGGGUGUGGGGGACGUGGUGUGCCUGGAAGGGGACGUGGGCGCGGGGAAGACCACUUUCUGCCGCCACUUCAUCCGAGCCCUGAUGGAGGACGCGCAUCUCAUCGUGCCCUCACCCACCUUCCUGCUGCUCAACUCCUACCACGCCGCUACCCUCAUGGUGCAUCACUACGAUGCCUACAGGCUCGCUGACAUGCGCACGCACAUCCCCACCCUUGCCAUGCCGCGCCCGCAAGCAGCAGCAGCGGCAGCGGCAGCAUCAGCAGCAGCAGCAGCAGCAGCGGCAGCAUCACCUGACAUUCAACGCCUUGACUUGACACACUCUCUAGCCACUGGUCUGUGCCUCAUAGAGUGGCCGGGGCCCCUCCUCCCUCUGCUGCCCGCCCACCGCCUGCACCUCUCCAUCUCCCUCCUGCCGCCCACUCCGGAUCUUCUGGCCGGCACAAGUGGAUUGGAUGGUCGGCAGAGGGGGCUAAUAGGGGCAGAGGCAGAGGGGGGGGCAGCAGAGGGGGAGGCAGAGACAGGAGAGGUGGUGGUGGGCGGAGAGGGGAGGGAGGAUGAGUGGGACGAGCAGGAAGGGGAGGAUGGGGAGGAGUGGGAGGAGCAGGAAGGGUGGGAUGAGGAGCAGUGGAGAGUGGUGCAUUUGGAUGCGAGAGGGGAGCGGUGGGCUGCUGUUGUUGAUGGGGUCCUUGCUAUUGCACCGUCGUCCAACCUUGUAACCCUCUUAUAAUGAACACCCUUCAUGCAUGUAGUGUGAUUUGCAUACGCUUCCUAUAUUCC